AUGGAUCACCGCCUCGGUAUCUCCGAGACGAGACUCCAUCUACAACACCGCAGGAGGCCACAAUGUAAGUGAACCCCCAGGCAAGCGAACAUUGCUCUGCCGUCUUUGCUUUGCUUGUUCAUGCUUGCUUGAUAUCUGUCUGCUUGUUUAUGUUUGUCCUUGUCGUAAGCUAAAUGCUGUUCCGUUGAAUUUCCUCUGCCUUUGCUUCUGCAUGUUCUCCGCUCCACUCGCCAGACUGGUAAGGUGAGUUCGCUCACUCCGGCAGCCUGGAAUGUCUGUUCCCUUUUAGACAAUCCGAAGAGUAAUCGACCGGAUCUGAGGACAGCGCUAGUGGCUUGGGGACUGGCGCGCUACAGGGCGGACAUCGCUGCAUUCAGCGAGACCCGAUUCUCCGAACAAGGCUAUCUGGAGGAGGUGUGUGCCGGCUACACCUUCUUCUGGAGCGGUCGCCCCAAGGCAGAGAGACGGGACGCGGGCGUCACCUUUGCUAUCCGGAAUGACAUCGUGGGACGACUGCCUUGUCUGCCGGAGAGUAUCAAUGAUCGCCCGAUGAGCCUCCACCUGCCUCUCUAA